CUACAGAUGAACCUUGCCCUCUGGUACAGUGAUCAGGCUCACCAGAAACGGCACUCUGGUGCCAGGAUUGGUGAAAUUUGUGGAUAUCAGGAAAAUGAGAUGUUCUUUAGGGUGCAGGUUCUACAGUUGAAAGAGCAAGGGAGCCAUGAAAAAGGGGCUGCAACCACUGAUGCCGUGAUCAUGUUUAUUGACAGUGGUAGGUUAGAACAGAUUCCGGUCUUCAAACUGUAUAAGCUGCCUGGGGAUUUGAGAGCUAUUGCCUUUCAGGCAGUGGAGGUGUUUCUAGGAAGAGUGAAGCCGAAAGACAAGGACAUUAAAUGGACAGUCAAGGCAAGUGUGUUUGUGCAUACGGAACUUCAUGGUCGAGAAAUGGAGGGCAAGAUUGUGUUACGUCUCGGUCAUCGCCUCUGGCUGGACCCUCUCGUGAUGCGAUUAAAGCUUGGGGAAACACGCACCAUCAUUAACAAGUUUUCUGUACAUACAGAACUGAUUAGGAACGGACUGGCUGAUGAAAAUCCUUCACACUUGGAGCGACUGUUCAAGAUGAUUCAAGGGAAGGUCCACAUUCCCAGAGCACUUAUGAUCAAAACAAAGUAAGUCUCAUUAUAUUU